AUGAAUAACUUGGAGUCGUUUCCUCCUAUUCUCCGCCACCUUAACCACUCACCACCACCUAAUCUAUCCCUAGAUGACCAUGACCAUGACGAUUCGAUCCAAGAGGAGCAAGAUCCCAUUCCAAUCAUAGAUCUUCAAUGCUUAACCCAUGACAAGAACAAGCUUGAAGAGGCUUGCAAGCAUUGGGGGUUGUUUCGUUUGGUUAACCAUGGGGUUCCAUCAACCCUUUUGACCCAACUUCAAAACCAAGCCCAACAACUCUUCUCUCUCGCUUUUCAGUCCAAACAGGCCUCAUGUAAUGAUGGCCCUAUUAGUUACUUUUCGGGCACCCCUGUCCUUACUACAUCUGGGACUGCCCUAACAAGGGCUCCUCAGAACAUCAAUUUGCUUGAAGGUUUCAACGUGCCUUUGCCUCACCUUUCUCAAUUUCAAUCUCAACUUCCCGUGCUCGAUUAUUUCAGGGUUUUGCUGGUGGACUAUGGAAACCAUUUGAGCAGAAUUGGUAGAACUUUAUUCGAAGCUAUGGUGGAGAAGCUUGACUUGAGGCUUGAGUCAUCGUCGUCGUACAUGGCUGAAAGCACGGGAAUUGUGCGGGUUUAUCGUUAUCCACAUUGCUCGAACUCAAAUGUUGGUUUGGGCAUGGAGGUGCAUACUGAUAGCUCAGUCUUGUCCAUAUUGAACCAAGAAGGUGAAGUGAGUGGACUAGAGCUGCUCAAAGAUGAUCAAUGGGUGACUGUAAAACCCAUUUCCAACACCUUAAUUAUCAACCUUGGCGACAUGAUGCAGGCAAUAAGCGAUGGCAAAUACAAAAGCGUGACGCACAGAGUGAAGCUAAACAAUCAUAGAGAAAGGAUCUCACUUUGCUACUUUGUGUUCCCUAAAGAAGACAUUGUGAUUGAAAGCUCCAAGUACAGACCCUUCACUUAUAAUGAGUUCAGAACACAAGUGCAACAAGACAUCAAGACCCUAGGCCACAAAGUUGGACUUGCAAGGUUUGAGCGCAAUUAG